CAGGAAACAACUGUAAAUGCACUUGACUGAACGAUUUUCAAGGAUUGGAUUUGUGAUCUCGUAGUUGGUGUCCUGCUCUCAAGAACACAAAGUUUGUUAUAUCGUUUGCUGCGUUCCCUUCAAAGUCGUUCGGUCGCCAGAAUUCUUUAGUCAAGAUGAUGACAUCGUUUGCGAAACUUUUCAGUAUCUUUCUGGCUUUAAAUUCAAUUUCGACGUAUCGGGUUGCUCGGGGCUUCGCUCCGAUGAGGAUUGAAGCACUCUCUUAUCAUCAGCGAACACCGAGCUCAACAAGAACAGCUUCUAUCACUGAGGACUUGUCUCACGAAGAAAUCUCCCGCUAUUCCCGCCAUUUAGUUUUGUCUGAUGUCGGUGUACGCGGCCAGAAAGCACUCAAAAAUGCUUCUGUGCUAGUGAUUGGAGCCGGAGGUCUCGGUGCCCCGUGUCUCAUGUACUUGGCCGCAGCUGGCAUCGGCCAUAUUGGGAUUGUCGACGGCGAUGUCGUGGAUGAAUCUAACUUACAGCGACAAAUCAUUCACGGGACGAGCACGGUGGGUCUUUCCAAAUGCGAGUCAGCGGCACGGCGUAUCCAGGAUAUCAAUCCACACGUGAAUGUAAGACAGUACGAGGAAGAGUUUACCUCCGAAACGGCACUCCGCAUUCUCGGAGAUGGGUUCUCCGAUAAACGACGGUACGAUGUUGUGAUAGAUGGAAGCGAUAAUUUUCCAACCAAAUAUCUCAUCAACGACGCGUGCACCAUUACGAAUACUCCUUGGGUCUAUUCUGCUAUUUUGGCCUUUGAAGGACAAAUGUCCGUCUUUAAUUUGGACAACGGACCCGACUACCGUGACUUGUUGCCUACUCCACCACCACCAGGAGACGUUCCCUCCUGUGCCGAGGGAGGAGUGUUGGGUGUUUUACCGGGUACCAUGGGAUGUCUGCAGGCGACUGAGGUAAUAAAAAUUGUUCUUGGUCGAACGGAGGGGUGCAUGUCGGGACGCGUACUGAUUUUUGAUGCCAUGCGUAUGAAGUUUAGCGAAGUGGGGUUGAAGCGAGAGACCGAUCGAGAGAAUAUAACUGCUUUAAUUGAUUACAAAGGAUUUUGUGGUGGUCCACAGGCAAAAUCGGAACAAGCAAAAGGGCUCAUGAAUGCCAACGGUCGUACUAUGGACGAAGCAGAAUCGGGUAUCGAGGCGUCUUCAACCGGUGACAGUCCCUCAUUCCACAACAUAGACCCUCAAAAAGCCUUGGCGAAGUUAAGUAGUGGUUGGUCGCCAUGGGUGGUGGACGUGCGAUUGCAAACAGAAAACGACAUAGUGGCCUUACCAUUUACCGAUCGAGUCGUACCGCACAGAACAAUACGAGUCAAAGACAUCCCAGAGGAUGGUGACGUGUUGGUGUAUUGCAAAGCGGGUAUUCGCGGCAAGAAAGCUUGCUCAAGCCUUGUUGAACAAGGCGUGGACCCGGGCCGAUUGUUCAAUCUAGACGGAGGCAUCAUGAAAUGGCAGAAGGAAUUGGAUCCAUCUAUGCCACGCUAUUGA